AUGUCUGCCAUUAUUAACAAGGCCACUGGUUUCGUGAACUCUGCUGUUGCCAAGUCCACUCAGCUCGCUAACUGCGCCGUCUACUGGGGUAAGGUUGGUGCCGAGGUUGUCAAGGUUGUCUACAAGGCUGAAGGAUUGGCUCCACCAUCCCAGGCUCAGUUCCAGAAGACCUACCAGUCGUGGUUCAAUGUUUUGAAGACUCCAACUGAACAAAAGGCUUUGCUUAAGAAGCUCUCCUCUGUGGAGGCUAACAAGGCCACUGCUGCCAAGGUGGCCAUCUACGGUGUCCAGGCAUUGGCUUUCUUCUCUGUUGGUGAAGUCAUUGGUAGAAGAUCUCUCUUUGGCUACCCAUCGGUGGGCCACGCCGAGCACCACUAG